UUGGUUCUUUUUGUGUCAGCUAAUUCAAGUGACAGAGAUCUUGAAAACCAAGCUAUUUUUAAGAAAGAUAAUUUAUAUUCUGUCAGAGACAAAAUUGUGUCUGGGUUUUAUAGUAGUAAUAAAAAGGUGAAGAUUUCUCAAGUUAUGCCUAAUGAAGUUAAAGAUUAUGUUAUUGUUAAUGUUCUUAUAAGUGAUUAUUAUAAAAUUCAUUCUCAAGAGUUGUUAAUUUUUGUAGUUGGUCAGACAGAGAUUAUUUCUAAUGAAUUUUAUGUAUAUGCUAAAGAUGUUAAUUGUGUUGAUGUUGAUUUUAUUUUUAAGGAAAAUAGUCUAAAAGUAGUUAUUCUCAAAAUUUUUCAUCCUGAGGGUUUAGUUAAUACUGAGUAUAUAGAGUAUGGAACUCAUGAUUUUGAAAAUAAUGAAGUAAGUGAUUUUUAUGAGAAAGAGUCUGGUGAAUUGGCGAAGAAAAAG